UAGUCACCGAUAACCCUCUUCUCUCGCCCUAACGCUCUCUACUCCAUGACUGACGCAGCAUCGCCGCCGCCACAGCCACCGCUGUCGAGGGUGAGCCCCAAGACGGUGGAUAACGCCGUUAAAGCCCUUCUCAAAUGGAGGGAGGAGAAAUCGAAGAACGAGAAGCCGCAGCUUCUCGAGCAGGACGAGUUCGUCUACUUGAUCGUUACCCUGAAGAAGAUUCCGCAGACGAGCCGCACGAAUCCUCACCGGAUCCGUGUUCCUCACCCCCUCGUCAACCUGUGUGAAGAUUCGCCGGAGUUCUGUCUCAUCAUCGAUGACCGACCCAAAAGCGGUCUCGUCAAGGAAGACGUGAUGAAGAAGAUCAAAGCAGAUGACAUACCCAUCAGUAAGGUUAUCAAGCUCUCGAAGCUGAAGACUGAUUACCGCCCGUACGAAGCGAAACGGAAGCUCUGCGAUUCGUACGACAUGUUUUUCGCCGACAGGAGGGUGAUUCCGCUGUUGCCGAGGUUGCUGGGGAAGAAGUUCUUCAAGAGCAAGAAGAUUCCGGUGCCAGUCGAUCUGAAGCACAAGAACUGGAAGGAGCAGAUGGAGAAGGCGUGUGGAUCUGCUAUGUUCUUCAUGAGGACCGGGACCUGCAGCGUCGUCAAGGUGGGAAAAUUGUCCAUGGAGAGCGAUGAAAUCGCUGAUAACGUGAUGGCGACUGUGAACGGAGUCGCUGAGAUUGUGCCCAGUAAGUGGAAAAGCAUUAGGUCCAUUCAUUUGAAGCUGUCUGAGAGUUUAGCAUUGCCUAUGUAUCAAUCGGUGCCUGAUUUGAAGCUCAAAAUCGAUGCUUCUUGGGAUGGAAAGGGUGUUGAGGAAAGGAGUGGCGGUGAAGAAUUAGCCAAGAGUGAUACUGAUGAUACCAAGAGUAACGAAGAGGGUGCCUCUGCUGCUAAGCCGAAGAAGAAGAAAGGAAUGAUACAUGAGGUUCGGUAUAUGGAUGGCAAUGAUAUUGCUGGUGAUGAGAAGAGGAGGAAGAUCGGUAAGGCAGGGGAGAGUGAAAAGCCGGUCAAGAAGGUGGUACAGAAGAAGAAAGUGGACGAUGUGAAUCGGAAAGUGAAGAGCAGAGAUGGGUUAAAGCCAAAGAAUCGGAAGAAGGAGGGAGAAGAGUCAGGUGGCAGAUUGAAGGAGAAGGCAAAGAAGAAGAUGAAGAAGAGUGCUGUGAGAAACUGAGGAAAGAAGAUGAUAGAAGGGAAGCCACCCAUGGCGGUUGGUAUAAACUUAUUUGAUGAUUUCUCUUCUUUCGUCUGAGUAAUUUUUGGUAAUGAUUAUGAUGUUUUGUUACUUUUUUUAAGACAUUGAUUUCUUGAAUCCUCUUCUGUCUGAAAAAUCAAAACCAGUUGCUUCUCAUGUGAUGGUUGUGGUUGGGUUUUGAUGGAGUUUUAGAAGAAUGAAGAAACAUGUUCACAUGUUUUUCAUUUGCA